CGCCGCAUCCGCACAGGCCACCACCGAGGCGUGCGACGUCACGUGCAUGCGCCGCCCAGCAGCGGGGUGCGCUGGCAGCGGAGGGCAGCGGCGCCUUCCUUCUCGCCCACCAUCCCCCUCCGGCGCACAGACGGUGCCUCAACACGACAGGCUUCCUGCUUCGCUCGCUCCUCUCCUCUCUGACGCUCCGUCGCGCAUCCGCCCAGCGCGCCGUCUCGCCCGUUGCGCCGCCCUGGCGCCUCGGCGGCCCGCGCGUCGCCCCUCUCCUCUCGCCUCUGAUCGGGCACACAACUCUCGAGGGCCAGCUUCGCAUACCGCCAGUGGUGCAGGCCAGCUGGCACUGCUUGCUCGAAAUCAGUCGCCUCCCGGCCUAGCGUGGCCCGCGCGCCAUGGCGUCGGCGGCACCAGCGCCCGAUGCCGAGGCCGACGAGCGGCCGCUGCUGCCGCCGGCCAGCCCGCGGGCGCCCGAGCUGCUGCUCGACGACGACGGCGCGCCGCUCGACUCGUCGCCCGAGCAUUCGCCCGACGGCCUGCUCGAGGCUGCCAGCGUCGCGCCCCCGCUGGAGCACGAGGACGCCGCGUUUGCCGCGCAGGAACAGCUGCCGGGCGACGGUGACUUCGAGCCGCUGCCCAUGUCCGGCGGCGCGCUCGGCGUCACGGCCGCCGCCGGCGACGAGGCCAGCGAGGGCACGCUGGCCGCGCACGGCAGCUCGGACCUGAGCGAGGCGCUCGUCUCGGGGCCCGGCGCGCCCGACGGCGGCCAGAUGGAGCUCACGUCACAGCCGCCCGAGCCCGAGCCGAUCGGCGCGGCGGGCACGGGCAGCGCCGUGCAGCAGGCUCAGCAGCAGGCACAGCAGAGCCUCGCGAUGCAGCAGACGGGCGGCGCACAGGGCGUGCAGGAUGCCGGCUCGGCGGUGGCCAACCUGCGCGCCAUGCAGGCCGCCAACCGAAUGCGGCCAAAGCAGUAUGCCUUCGACGGCAAGGCCGACGCCGACGAGCUGCCGCGCGAGAUCGACGAGUUCUACUCGUACGUCGAGGCGCCGCAGAUUGCCGAGAACCGCGCGGCGUGGGAGGAGUGGUGCGAGACGGGCGGCGCGCCGAGCGCGGCGCAGGGCGAGGGCGAGUCGGACGAGCGCAAGCCGCGCGAGAGCGAGCCCGAUGGCGGAGCGCUCGGCCUUGGUCUUGGCCCGGGGACAGCGAGCGGGAAAGCGAGCCCAUCUGAGUGGACAUCGCAGCCCUCCUCCUCGCGGCGCCGUGCCAUCUCGCUGCUCCUCUCGCAGCUCGAGGUGCGCGACCCUGCGACGCGCCAGCGCGCCAGCCGCGCGCUCCUCUACCUACUGCAGGGCGCCUUUGCCGACACGAGCGGCACCGAGCACCAGCUGCAGUGGAUGGGGCAGAACGCGCGCAUGGUGCGGAAUCUCGGCGGCGUCGAGAUGAUCUACGGCGCGCUGCGGCUCGCUGGCUGGAAGCAUGACUGGCUCAGCGCCUUGCCAGACCACAUUCUGUCGUCGACCGUGCCGGCACCCGGCGAGCCGCCCGUCGAGCCGCUGCUCACGCCGCAGGCCAAGCUGGACUACCUCGACGAGAUCAACCUCGAGCUCGCGCUGCACUUUGCGCAGCUCUACAUUCUCGUCGAGACGGCACGCGGCGAGGAGGAGUGGGGCGACGAGCUGAUGAGCCUGGACCCGCCGAUGCCCAUCUACCUCUUCGGCCUCGUGGCCAGCCUGCGCGAGAAGAACGCCAAGGGCUAUCCGGUCAAGAAGCUGCUGCUGCUGCUGUGGAAGUCGAUCCUGUGCUGCAUGGGCGGCUCGGCCGACAUUGACCGCUGCAAGAAGCUCGCACGCGAGCUGGAGGGCCUGCGCGAUGCAGUGCAGCCGGCACCGCGGCUGUCGACCAAGGCCACGCCGCUCGACUUCCAGGCCUUCCAAGAAGAGAUCACGGUCAAGUACCCCACCUUCGAGCAGCCGCGGCGCGCACCUGGCGAGCUGCCGACGGACAAGAUUGCCUCGGCCGUGUCGCCGAUACCUGUGCGGCGGCCGCUCGGCCAGGCCGACAGCAGCUUGACCUCAGCGAAUGGCGCGAAUGGCAGCGCCCCAGGUGCCCCCGGAAAUGGGCCGUUCCCGGGCACGCCUGCGCCCUCGCCUCCGCCAUCGCCGAAGCCGAACAAGCAAAAGUACCAGACGGAUCAGAACCGGCCGUUCGUCUUUCCGUACUCGCGCUCCGUGCAGGGCGCACGUCUGGUGCCAUUCAGCAUCGACGAGGCCGGGCGGCUGUUCCGGGAGAACAUGCACGUCAGCCUUGAGCUCUGGCAGACGUGGCGCCUGCGCGAGCAGUGCAUCCACGAGGAGAGCGGCGUCGGCAGCAACCCGGACGGGCAGCGCGUCGGGCUCGGCGUUGCGCCAGCUCGCUCCACGCCGCCGCGGAAAGGCAGCAGCGACUCGUCGGGCGCCAGCGGAGGCGCCGGACCAUCGCUGCUGACACACGGCGCUGCGGCGCUGAGUCCGCUGUCCCGCCUCGACCGGACGGGCGACGACGGCUCGUCGGGCAGCGGCAGUCGGAGCCCGAGCUCCGUCGGCGCGCCGCUGUCGCACACCACCGAGCGCUCGCGCCGCGCCGGCCCGAACGGCUUCAAGCUGCGCGGCGAGCCGACGCUGGAGCGCCUGCAAGAGCUCGAGAGUGACAUCGAAGCUGAGCUCACGCGUGCCGAGGCCGACCACAUGCUGGCCGUGCUCGACAAUCCGCGCUACAUGGCGAAUGUCGCAUCGCUGCGGCAGCAGCGUGCCGACACGCGCCGCCUGCAGCGCGUCGAUGCCUUCUACCGCGCCGUGCUGCCGCAGCUGCAGAACGGCGUCGUCGUGCUGCUCAAGCUGCUCCUGGCGACCGUCACGCAGCAAAGCAGCACGAACAGCCCGCACGCCCAGGCCGUCGCCGAGGGCAUGGCGCCCGACGACACGCCGCCGCCCACGCUCGAGGACAUCGAUAUUGUCCGGCACCGCGAGAUCACGUCGAAGGCCGUCAGCGCGAUCCUGCUGCUGUGCCUGCAGUGGUUCAAGGCGUCGCACGCGAUGAAGUUCCACUAUCUCAGCCAGCUCCUCGUCGACUCGAACUGCCUGCUGCUCAUCCUCAAGAUGUUCGGGCUGCAGGAGGUCGGCAACACGGUGCGCGCGCAGAACGAGGCGCCCAACUUCAACUUCUUCCGCUACUGCGAGCUCAACUGCGGCCAGGAGAUGCGGCAGCCGCAGCCGGAGGACGCGCUGCCCGGUCCGCAGUACGGCAUCGGCCUCGGCGGCCGCGCCGGCAGCCCGCCGCCGCUCGGCGGCGUCGCCAACCUGGGCGUCAAGGGCGAGGAGAUCGAGUACGUGACGAACUUCUCGUUCCGCAAUCUCUUCAGCGCGCUGCACUUUACGCGCAUCCUGCAGAAGCUCACGAAGCGCAAGGUGCACCGCGUGCUGCUGCUCGUGCAGUACAAGUCGAGUGCAAUUCUCAAGCGCACGCUCAAGGUGCCGCACCCGGCGCUGCAGCGCUACGCGCUCAAGGUGAUCAAGAGCCAGGUGCCGUUCUGCGGGCGCAAGUGGCGCCAGAGCAACAUGAAGGUCAUCACGGCGAUCUACCUCAACCUGCGGCCGGACCUGCGCGAAGACUGGCUGUCCGGCGGCGACGUCGAUGCCGAGGUCGAGGAGAGCCUGCCGCAGGAGCAGGCGCUGCGCGGCCUCGUCAAGUACUACAACGCCUCGCGCUUCAGCCCGCCAGUGGCCGCUGGGCCGCCGUCUGCCGGCCAGGGCCACGGGCAUCGGCGCUCGCUCAGCACCAAUCUCGCCGAGGGCCUGCCGCAGGCUGCGCCCGGCCAGGAAGGCGGCGCCGGCGGGCUCGGCCAGGGCGCCGGCGCCGCAAACGGCCUGCACCCGCCCAUGUCGCCCGGCCGGCAGAUGGCGAGCUUCUUCGAGACGGACAUUCUGCCGCCGCUGCGGCGCAACGCCGAGGGCGCGGCCACGAGCCUGCGCUACUCGCUGCCCGACGAGCUGCUCGACGGCUACCUCGACGAGUACGACGACGUGCUCAGCGAGGUGUUCGGCGGCGAGGGCACGCUUGGCGACGGCUGGAGCAGCGGCAAGUGGGGCCUCACGCAGGACGGCUCGCAGACGGCGUGGGCCCGCCUGGGCGAGAUCCUCGGCGCUGAGUCGAUCUCGGACUCGGAGAGCGUGGGCACGAUCGACCUCCACAUGGAGGGCUCCGGCGCAGCAGAAGGCGCCAGCGAGGACGACCUCAGCGCGCCGCCGCCGCCGGAAGGCGCGCAGUCGUGGGAGAACCUGAGCCCCAAGGAGAUGCGCUUCCUGGCGGCGGGGCCGGGCUCGCCCGCGGCGCGCCGGCGCUCGUCGAGCAGCGCCGGCAGCGGCCCGCUGAGCCGCUCCAACUCCGACUCGGCGCCGCUGCGCCCGGUGCUGUCGUUCGGGCCCGAGCUGCUCGAGGACGAGGUGAUCCAGGACGACGACGAGGGCGAGCAGGUCGCAGAGGAGCCGCCCGUAAAGCCGCAGGCGGGCGGCAUCGACGAGGUGCGUCGCGUGUCCUUCUGCAUGCUGCGUCCGCUGACACUCCGGCAUCACUCCAGGUCGAGCACAUUUGGGCGGUCUAAGGGCUGGCGAGCAAUGCACACUUGCCUGCUCAGCUGUGCUGUGUGCUGCUGCGUGCGGCGAGACAAGGGUAUCAUGAUUUUUGUACAGCACCCCUAA